AUGGAUACAAAGAGUACAAUGCCGUCCAACCAACUGACUGGGAAAUCCACUGCUCCUAGCGCUGUCUCAUCUCCGGCGGGCGCGAUCGCCGAUGGUGAUAUGGGAUCUAACGGCGGCGCCCGCCGUCCGUUCGCCGCGGGGAUGGGUCACGGAACGGGUGGGGACCGUGCGCGGGCGCUGUCUCAGAGGUUAUGUUGGAGCGGGUCGGAGGACAAGGACGAGCACCGCAGCUGGCGGUUACCUUGGGAAAGGAAGGCCAAGCUCGGGAGCUUGGAAGUGUCGCUUGGGGGUGGCUUGGGAUAG